CGUCACUGGGCCGGGCACAGAGAUAAAGGCAGGGAGUUAUGUAACUCUCUGUUAAAGAACCCGAUCCUGCGCUCUCCCCUUUCCUUUCGGGAGUUAGAGCUUUGUUUGGGGAUCCAGUUGAGCCACAGCCAUCCACGCCGAGCUCCUGCAUCCUGCUUUACAGCCCCGCACAUCUGCAGCGCUACAGCUGUCAGUUUUUUCUUUCAAAAUGCUGACACUUGUACUGAGCCUUUACUGUCUACUAAAGAAAGCUAUGCAUUCCUGACAGGAUAUACACAUGAUGAAGAGUGGAAGGACUGGCUUCAUCCCUAUUAUCACCCAUGGCCAAUGAAUCGAGGCCCUGCCCCUGUGACAUUGGGGACAAGUUUGACUAUGGAGGCCGUGGGCAGGAGGUGCAAGUUGGGCACAUCAAGGCGUACAUCUGCAAACCUUCUGCCUGCACCGACAAAGCUGUCAUUGUGAUUCAUGAUAUAUUUGGGUGGCAACUCCCAAACACCAGAUACAUAGCUGAUAUGCUAACAACUAAUGGAUACAUAGCCAUCUGCCCAGACUUUUUUGUGGGACAAGAAGCUUGGAAACCUUCUAAUGACUGGGCAACUUUCAAUGACUGGGUGAAAACACGAGAAGCCGGCAAAAUAGACAAAGAAGUUGAUGUCGUCCUCAAGUAUCUAAAGGACCAAUGUGGUGCGAAGAGGAUUGGUGUCAUUGGGUUUUGCUGGGGUGGAGCAGCAGUGCAACAUCUGAUGCUGAAAAAUCCCCAUUUAAAGACUGGAGUGUCCCUCUAUGGAGUGAUCAGCCGUUUUGAGGACAAGCAGAGUCUGCUGCAUCCCACCUUUUUCAUUUUUGGUGAGAAGGAUAACAUUGUUCCAUUGGAGCAGGUCACCUUGCUGGAGCAGAAGCUUAAACAAAACUGUAAAGUUGAUUAUGAAGUUAAAAUUUACCCUGGACAGACACAUGGGUUUGUGCAUCGCAAAAGAGAAGAUAUCAAUCCUCAAGAUAAACCUUAUAUUGAGGAAGGAAGAAAGGAUAUGAUCAACUGGCUGAAUAAAUAUAUUUAGGUUAAAUUAAUGUUGAUAAAUAAAAUCAAUUGUUGUACGAAAUCAGAAAAUAAUAGACUAUAUUGCUUAAGAUGUUCUUACAACCAUAAAAAUAUUUUGUAAAACUCUUCUGCAAUAACACUACUAAUUUGCACUUACCUUCUAAAUAGGGGCUUAGAAAUGGUUUUUCAGAUGUUGAAAGCUGUAAAUGUAAAGAAGGUUUUUAACAGUGGUUUUGUAUAUCUUAAAAUUAUUAGAAUUUUAUAUGGCAUCUUUUCUGGCACCUGAGAGUUUAAUUUUUUUAUAUCAAUGUCAACAUGAUUAAAAACCAUUGAAACUCCUCCCA